CGGGGCCGCCAGCAGCUGGCUCAGAACGCGGCGGAGCCACAAGCCGAGCGGUCGCUGCGCCCAUCGCCUCGCACGGGCCCGCCUGUCGCUUCCGGGGCCCAGCACCCGCAGGACCCCGUGUGGCAGGGUCGCCCCGGGAGGGAGCCCAGCGAAGCCGCCCGCUCCCCCAGCAGGUUCCGCGCCCCGCGCUGCCGAUGUGCACCAAGAUGGAGCAGCCCUUCUACCACGACGACUCCUUCCUCGCGGGCUACGGCCGGGCGGAGCUGAGCGGGCCCCCGGACUACAAGGCGCUGAAGCCCGGCAUGGCCCUGAGCGUGCCGGAGCCGUUCCGGGGGCUCAAGGCGCCGCUGCAGCUGCGGGGCCAGGCGGCGGAGGAAGCAGGCGCCUUCUACGCCCCCGCCGGCCUGCAGCCCGAGGCGGGCGCCCACGCCUCGCUCAAGCUGGCCUCCCCGGAGCUGGAGCGGCUGAUCAUCCAGAACAGCAACGGCGUGAUCACCACCACGCCCACCCCGGGGGCCUACUACUACCCGCGGGGGGCCACCGAGGAGCAGGAGGCCUUCGCCGACGGCUUCGUGAAGGCGCUGGAUGACCUGCACAAGAUGAACCACAUGCCUCCUCCCAGCGUCUCCCUGGGCGCCGCCGCCGUCUCGGUGGCCAGCAGCGUCUACGGGGCCUCCCUCCACCCGGAGCCGCCGCCCGUCUACACCAACCUGACCAGCUACAACCCGGGCGCCAUGAGCACCGCGUCCAGCUACCCCACCGCCAACCUCAGCUACCUGCCCCAGAGUCACGCCUACGCGGGCCCCGCCCUGGCCGCCUCCCUCUCGCCCCGGGUGCAGGGCUUCAAGGAGGAGCCGCAGACCGUCCCCGACGUCCAGUCGCCCCCCGUCUCGCCCAUCAACAUGGAAGACCAGGAGCGGAUCAAGGUGGAGAGGAAGCGGCUGCGGAACCGGCUGGCGGCCACCAAGUGCCGGAAGAGGAAGCUGGAGCGGAUAGCCCGGCUGGAGGACAAAGUCAAGACGCUGAAAACGGAGAACGCGGGACUGUCCAACACAGCCAGCGUCCUGCGGGACCAGGUGGCCCAGCUCAAGCAGAAAGUCAUGAACCACGUGAACAAUGGCUGCCAGCUACUUUUGACUGUUAAAAUGCAAUCCUUCUGAGCGCCCCUCCCCCUUCUUAUUUAAGAGACUGGCGAGGAACUGGACUCCCCUCUUGGAAAGUUUACAUGAACUUUCGUAGCGUUCUCACGAGUUGGACCAAGCUCCCCAGGAGACUUCCAGGACCAGGCUCCGCCUCCCCGUGACUGCUGAUGGUUGUGUGUUGUCUGUUUUUGUCGUGUUCCCUUUUUGGAGGGGAGGGGUUGUGUGUUGCUCUCUGCUGGAUUCAGAAUGUGCGGGUUGCCUAAACUGGUGUGCGUGUGGCGUGAGUGUAUUUAAAACCCCAAGCAACCCACGAACUUGUUGCAUAGCUGGCCAGUGCAGCAAGAGGUACCGCGGUGAGGAAAGGGUGCGAAUUAAGGGGCCUGUGUGUGUGUGAAUUAAGGGGCCAGGACUUCUGUGAACUUAAAACAGAACCAAAAAACCUGAUACUUGACAGACAAAAGAAACUGAUUGGCCGCCCCCCUGGCUGAAGAGACCUGCCUCUCCCAUGAAAGGGGCUCUGGCUUCUUAACUUACCUUUUUUGUGGUGUUUUGUGUGUGUGUGUUUUUUAAACCAGUCCGAUUAUUUUUGGUUGUCUUUAAGAAGCUGAUUGUAUUUGUUUUGUUUUUUACUUGACAUUUUAUUUAAGUAAAAAAAAAAAAAGUUCUCUAAGUGCCU